GGAAGAGAGUCUGUCAAUAGCAAAGAAAUACAGUAAUACUGAAGAUUUGUUAGAAGUUUUUGUCAUGACUACAGUCCAAGUGCCUGAAAAACAAGUUGAUCAUGUGCCAGCUGAGUCCUCAUGGAUCUCCUCGUGUCCUGGUGGUCUGUGGCAGGUGUACCGAAGCUGGCUUGGACCAAGACUAAAAGGGGACGUUACGCCCACAAUGGGGUCCCUCUGUAAAGUAAAAGUGCGAAGAAAGAGUGUGGCAGAGGAAAACACACUACAAACCUAUUCCAAUGGGCAUGAAUCAACAGCCGUAGUUGAUUCGAGUGAGCAGACUACCUCAUAUCCUCGCUCUCAGGAUUCUGUACUUCAGAUCCCAUUGGAUGAGUGGUUUUUGAUGCGUAUGGGAGAGGGACAGUGUGACAUUAUAGAGAGUUGCCUGGAAGGGAUGAAAGCUGGAGAGAUGUGUGUGUUCACAAUACGUGCCUGGAAUGCCAAGACUUCCAAUGCAACAGGCAGUGAUGCUAAUGGUCCCCAAACUAGAAGUACAACAGUAGAGGGAUUGUCUCAGCAGUUUCUCUGCUUUACGCUUCAGCUACACUCAUUAACCUCUGGGCAAGAGUCAUGGCAGAUGACACCGGGAGAGAAAUGGGCUUGGGUGCAGUCUCACAAGCAAAGGGGUGGUCAGCGGUUCGGGAAUGGAGAUAUCUGGGGGGCAGCAGACUGCUACUGCAGAGCUGUAAAACUGACAAUAACUUUACUGGUCCAGACACAGAGAAAUACAGAGGCAGAAAAGUCUAAAGAAGGUUUGGAUGAAGAUAAUGAAACUGCUUUGGCAUCACCCAAUGGUGCAGAAAUGGAGCAGGGAAAAAAUUCUGGUGUCUCCAACACACCUGCUGACGAGGAGUAUAAAACUGUAAAAGCAGAACUUCACUCCAAUCUAUCUUUGUGCCAGUUUAAGCUAGGCCAGCUUGAAAAAGCCAGAGACAGCGGUAUGAAAGCGACUGAGCUGAACCCAGCGAGCACUAAGGCUUGGUACCGGCUUGGGCAAGCUUGCAUGCAGCUUGGGGAAUUAGAGGAUGCCCGUGAGGCCUUUGGAAAGAUACUGGAACUGCAACCUGAUUCUGUAUCAGCUCGCACAGCUUUAAAACAAGUCAACUCCAGAUUUAAAGACUUGAAUAAUAAACUCGGUCAAAGGCUAAGCAAGAUGUUUAUCUAGGAAAUAAAGAAUAUAAAGGGAAUCAUGAUUUCGGAAUCAUGAAAAGCUGAGAACAUAACAUGUAUGUCAAUAUUGGAUAAAAAUUCGCAACAACGGAAUUUUGCGUGUCAAGUUAUUCAUGGAGACUUCAGAUAGUUCCAGGAAGUUAUGUUUUCUCUUUAAAUGUUUUAUUUCUUUCAUUUUUUACUAAUUAAACAGCUUGUGUCAGGUUCAAAAAAUGGGUUAAAACUUUGUCACAAUCGGUCUGUUUAGCUGCAGCUCUAUGCGUUACUAGUAACUUUCGGGAACUAUUCAGAGCCUCCAUGAACUGCAAUUGUGGUGAAAAAAACUGUUGAUGCAAAUCUCUUCCUCUUUCUAAAUGGCUCUGGAAAUUAUACUGUGGAAAAUGUUGACUGUUAAGUAAAUAGUAUAUUAAAAUGUCACUGCUGCUCUGUGUUGUAUAAUUUUUGACUAUCUUACACUGUAAUGUCUAUAAAUUUUACU